AUGCCAAAUAACAGGGGAAGCAGUAGUUCUGCUGUUAGGGCGGCGGUUGGACAUCCAAACACUGGACGCCGUUGGUUUGUACCUCUCAUCGUUGCUGCAAAUGUUGUCAUGUUCGUUGUUACCAUGUACUUCAACAAUUGUCCCAGCCAUGAGUCGGGUUGUGUCCCGAGGUUUCUUGGACGCUUCUCUUUUGAGCCCGACCAUGAGAAUCCUCUGUUUGGUCCUUCUUCUUCAACAUUAGAUAAGUUGGGGGCUACUAAGUGGUACAAAACCGUGCAUGAAGGCCAAGGAUGGAGGCUUGUAACAAGUAUGUGGUUACAUGCCGGCAUUAUUCACCUCGUCGCGAAUAUGCCCACUCUUCUCCUUAUUGGCAUUUGUCUUGAAAAGCAACGCGGAUUUGUCUGUACUGCAGUUAUCUACUUAUUGUCGGGAUUUGGUGGGAAUAUACUCUCGUCUUUGUUCAUUCGGGGGAGUAUCUCUGUCCGUUCCUCCGGGGCUGUGUUUGGCUUUCUGGGUGCUCUCUUGUCCGAGCUUAUCACAAACUGGUCCAUCUGUCCCAAUAAGGUUGCUGUAUUAGUCUCAUUCGUGGUGUUACUUGCCGGGAAUCUGGGAAUAGGAAUCCUGCCGAGGAUCGAUAAUUUUGGCAAUAUUGGUGGGUUCUUGACGGGGUUUCUCCUGGGUUUUAUUCUGCUGCCGUGUCCUAGGUUUGGUUGGACAGGAAGUAGUACGGGUUUUGUAUCAAAAUACAAAGCUCACCAAUAUGCGUUGCGCUUUGUUUCUCUCACCCUACUGAUUGCAGGGUUUGCAUUAGGACUGGUUUUGCUGUUCAGAGGUGUGAAUGGUCAUGAUCAUUGCCCUUGGUGUCACUACUUGAACUGUAUCCCAUCCUCCAAAAUGGACGUGUUGAAACUUUAUAUAGUUGAAUUUUCGGCGCUGGGGGCGGUGGUCACGGCGCCCGGCAUCACGAACGGAGCGCACACGUUCAGGUUCCCUAGUGAGGCGCUGCAACUGUCAACCUGGGAGUUGGCCGCCGGGAACUCUAGUGUCGUGGCCGCCAUCAUCACGGCCAACGCCACCCAAACAACCAUUCUCUUUGAGUUUGAGUUUCCCGCCAUUGCUAGCUAG